AUGGCCGCUCCAUCCUCGGUGAGCGCCCAGGGACGGGCCAUAGUAGACCCAUACCCCUCUACAACCCUCGAGUAUAUAUACCAAGAUCUCGAGCAGUGUAUUCGCGCAAUUGAAUCAGCGGCGACCAGCUUCAUAGAUGGUUCUCGAGCGGAUGGGCCGUGGAUUGUUUUCUACGACGUUGAUAAACGUGCAUUUGACGAGAUUCGCAACUCUGACCACGAGAUGUUGACUAUAUGCACAAAAUUCUUCGACCCGAACACAGAGGUUCUCAUUCUAAAGAUGGAAUCACUUUGGCAUAGUUCAGCGGCGAUGGCGGUAACGAGAUGGAUCGAUCAAAAGGCACAUGCCAUGAACGUCGGGUCCGAAUUACUCUUUACUGGAACUGGAAAUUACAAACUCACCGUCUUUGAUGACAAUGGGGUCCCCUCGAUGCAUGACGGAAUUUUGGCGACAAUCCAAAAAAGAGCAGAUCAGGUAAUUCACCCAUUCGCCGUUCCUCCACCUCGGUCAAUGAAAUGGCCCACAUUUAUUCUCGAAGUCAUCUAUACCGAGUUAAGAUACAAGGUCGAACAAGACAUGAGGCUAUGGCUUCAAGCUUCGCAAGGGCAAGUCGAGUUUGCGAUGACUGCAGACCAUCCGGACCGAGUUAUCGCAGCCCCAGUUCAAAAAAUGUGGAUCGAAAAACCACGACCGUCUACCCAAGAUCCUAUCAUUGGUGGGGGGUUCGAGAUACCCUUCAGAAGCCUUUUCCUCCGAGAUCCCCUAGGUAACGAGGACGAUUUCACCAUGACUCAUGAGGAUAUCACGAGGCUCGCGAGGGAUAUCUGGAGGGUAGAAGCAAUCCUAGCUACCGAGAAAGAGUAG